CGACGUGGAAUUAAUCCAUGAUGGUUCAUCUAAAGUCAUGAGAAUGUGGCUACCACACUCGUAUGUCUUCAGUUAGCGGUCGCAUCAACGCGGAGCACGUAGUUAACAAUGACUACAUCGAUCCCUAACAUUAUCGUGAGCCUCAGCUCGCGUUGCCAGUCAUGGACCUUUUCAAGGGAUGCGGAUUGACCCGAAAAAACUCGGGUUGGUUUCCGGUGACAAUCUCCAGCUUUUAAUGGUACCACAUAAGUUUGUGGUGGGUCUUAAGAGCCAUUCUUUGCUGCGAGUACUGCAAGUACUGCAAGUAAUUGCAGGAUUUUUUAUAUGAUGAUAUCACAGUUUGUUUCAAAAAAUUAGGUUCCGGCGAAGACAUAAUUUAGCCAUUAUCCUGCCCAAAUUCUAUAUAGCUUCUGUCCAGUGGCAGGUGUCUAACGACUUCAUAAGUCAAUUCAAACCCCACCCUCGUUUCUUCCUCUUCAUCACUCUCUUCAUCCACUUUCAUUAUUGGUAAUGGAUUCACCCACCGAUUGUCCAUUCAUUUCUGCGAAAAUGUCGGACGCAGACCCAUAUGUCCUUACAAAACUUUCAGAACAUAUAUCGCGGCAUCUCAACAAAUCCCUCGAUCAAGCCGUGGACAAUUUGUCAUUGAGACUUCAGGAUACGGCGAAGGAUGCUAUCGCCGACACUCGAGAAAUCAAUACCAUUAUCGAGCAAGCGGUUAGGGAAGCUGUCGAAAAAGCCGUCGAGAAGUCGGUGGUAACGGAACUUGAGGCUGCUCCCAUAGAAUCAGAGUUCAAAUUUCCACCUCCUCGGAAUCCUAAUUUUGUUGGUCGCUCUUCAACCCUAGCCAAAUUACUGAGUCUGUGGAAACCAAACCGAAAGAGCCGAUUGGCAAUUAUAGGGCUUGGGGGGGCAGGGUAUGUUAUUUCCCUCAAAAGUCUGAUAAUAAAGCUCACAAAUUAUAGGAAAACUGAGCUUAUUACUGAGCUUGUCUACCAAAUUAGAGAAGCCUCGUCAGCAUCGAUAUACUGGUUUGACCCAGAUAAUUUGCUUGCACCUUCAGUUAACGGAAAUGAGUCACUGGAAGAUUGGCUGCGCCCUGGGCGAGACCCCGGAAGCUUGUUGGUCGUUGAUGCAGGAGAUAAUUUUGAUCACUUGACGCAACAUACUGACUAUGGUAGACUGAUUGACAGACUACAAAGGUUUGAAGGUGCCAUAAUCCUCAUCACGAGGACUAAAGCCAAUGGAUGUCUCUUGAGCGGGCCGCAUAAUAUUUUUGAAGUCGAUUCUCUCGAACUCGAACCAACAAUGUGUUUACUUCGAGAUAGAUUGACGGUUGACCUCUUCGACAAUUCAACUGACGAACAACUUCGUGAAAUUGCACUUCUUGUUAACUGCCUACCAAGAGCUGUCGUUCAGAUUUCGAAUCUACUCAACGAUACUUCGAUGAGGCUCUCGCAGUUCAUCUCCAUUUACCGCACGAACGAUCAUUUCAAACUGCGGCUGCUGAGUUCGGUGGCACCGCUAUUUACAAUCUCAGAACAGGAAUCUGUUAUUGGAAAGGGCGUCAUAGAUGCCAGGCAGUUUCGAAGGAAUUACCGUAUGGCUGCUCGUAUCCUCCAUCAUCUGUAUUACCUCGGUGGCAAUGCAGUACCGCGCUCUAUAAUCUGCUCGCUGGUUGAUCCUCUUGAUCUCAUUGUUGUAAUGUGUAUUCUGAAAGGGAACUUUCUUGUCAGGGAGGAUGAUGCUGGAGAGACGUACAACAUGCAUCCAUUGGUCUUCCUGUCACUUAAAAAAAUUAUCACUGGCGAGAGAUCAGAAACAGAUGAAAGCGAUAUCGAGCAGGAGCUCGAAUGGUACACAGAAGCUGUUAUCGCUUUUGGAAAUUAUUAUCCUGACCCGAAUAGCAAGGAUAGAGAAUGGUGGAAGAACUGCUUCGAACGUUUCCUUAGCGACGGAAGCAAAAACAAUGAUUCUGUGCGCAUUGCACUAGCCUUGGUCUACAACAAGGAAUCGAAACAUCUUGUUCGCAGGGGCCUAUACAACGAUGCUUUAAAGAUGGCCACAGCCGCCGUUGAUACAUUACCCGAGGCGAUACCCCAUGAACAUCUCAACGUACUUCAAAAUCAUCUUUCGCUGCUCGAGCUCUUGGCCAAGUAUGGAGAGCUUAGAGAGGCUUUGCAGGCGUAUACCGAAGAACAGCCGGAUGAAUUAUGGAAGAAGCGUGUUGAAGGUAUCCUGUACCUGUCUGAAGGUACCAACAAAUCCGAUGUUGUCGAUCUGUUUUGCCAGAUUCGCAGGACUAAAGAGUCCAUGAAUGCCCCCGAAAGUGAUUUAUGCACCAGCAUUGACGAUUAUGGCAUGGCCCUUAUGGUAGUCGGCAACUAUCAAGCGGCUGAGAUAGAAUUCUCGACAGCGUUCCGGAAAAGAGCAACAUUUUUUGGAACGAACCAUCCCGACACACUUAUCAGUUGCCAACACCUUGCAAAUGUGCUGCACAAGUCUGGUAGAUUCAAUGACGCCCUUAGAUUUGUGGAGGGCGCUAUACGAGGAAGCCAAAUGUCUCAAGGUGACGAACAUCCACAAACUCAAUACAUCAAAAGUCUCAAAGCAAGGAUCCUGCUUUCUAAGGCUGUUUCAUAUUCCGAAUACAAUGAGGUUGAAUCUAUCCUUACCAACGCUGCCGACAUCCUCACUGCUCAGCUCUCCGACUCUCAUCCUCUAGUUCUAACCUGUAAGAGCAACAUUGCAUUAGUAAUGCUGGCGCAAGGCAGAUAUGAUGAAGCUCUAACCAUAAACCGUGCUGUUUUAACGGCAAGGGAACAUGGCCCUUGGCUGGAUCGUGAGCGACAUCCAGACAUACUAACGAGCCGACAUCAGAUUGCAGAAUGUUUGAUGCUGAAAGAAGGAUGCCAUGCCGCUCAGAAUCUGAGUUCUCAAGUAUUGGUUGAUAGGACACAAAUCUACACCGACGGAACUUUUGAGGGUGAUGAUUUCCACCCUGAACAGCUUACGAGUCUCCACCUCCAAGCACUCAUCCUUGCUGGCCUUGGUCAACACAGUGGAGCCCUUCAUAAAAUGGAUCUUGUGUUGAUUGGUAAAAAGCAAGUUCUUGGAGAGUCACAUCCAGAGUACCUUAAUAGUCUCACUUGCAAAGGCGAAAUUCUACGUGGUCAGCUUCCUCUUGAAGACGGACGGGAGGAAAUGUUGGAUACCAUUGAUGCUCUUCAUGGGAGGGCUCUGGAGGGUCUCACUCGAGUAUUUGGCUCUCAGCAUCACUGGACACUUCAGUGUUUAUCGUACAUGGCGGCUGCAAAGCGUGAACGCGGUGAUGCAUUAAGUUACACCGAGGCCGCUGGACUUUAUCGUCAUAUUUCGCGCGCUUACGAGGGAAAUAUGGGCGAUCUCCACCCUGAAACGGUCAGAGCAAAGGCUCACCUGGCAGAAGUGAUGCAUCUUUUGGGUAAUCGUCCAGAAGAGGCUAAGAAGGUUUUCAGAGAGGCUUGCGCUGGGCUUGCGAAGGUAUUUGGCUCAGAUGCCCAUGCUACCAUCACCGCGUAUAGAGGUUACGAAAAAUUUGCCAAGGACCUUUCUGAUCCAGUCUAAGGCUUUUUGGAGUGUUUUGUAAAAAAAAAAAUGGCAUCAAAACAGCACAGUUCAUGGAUUGGUAAUUGGAAUGCAGGUUGGGAAACACAGGUACGGACGGGAAGGGCAAUUCGGCGCAAACAAAAUGUUCGGGUAGGCGUUGUUUUGGAUAUGUAUUCGGGGCGGAGUCUUUCGUUCGUCCCAGCGCUCUGACACAAAUUAGCAAGCAAUAAUUUAUAAAAGCCUAGUUGAAGGCUCGAAUUAAUAUGCGGAGAUCAAAAACUAUCUUGUCGUUCGUCCGAUUUUGAUACAGGUCAUAUUUUUUACGUCUAAUUAAACAGGGUGGUUUCAGAAGUCUGAUAUCGAAUAAUUCAAGCAUGCGGUCCAUUA